AUGGAGACACUCAACCCUUACGAAGAGGUGCAACGCCUUCAGAGCCAGAUCGACGUCGAGACCAAGAUCAAGGAUGGCGCGGAGAACCUGCUUAGCGUCUUUGACCUCAAACUCGCUUCCAACACCAAACAGGACUUGCGCAAGCAGAUCGAGUCCGAGCUCGACUCGGCUAACUCAAAGAUCGCAGCGCUCACCACCGAACUCGAUCGAUGGAGACAGAUUCAAGCCACCACCUCGCCGCCAUCCUGGGCCUCCAAUGCCUCAGUUUCGGAUUCAGACUCUGGCUGGCAUAUUCCCGCUUCCACCGUAUCGCGCUUCGAACAGUCCGCUCUCGGCUUCGAAGGUCAGCCACUCUUCGCAGAUGCUCACGCCGGACCUAGUCGACUACCUGCCCAUGACACCAGCUACGACUCGUACCAUGCCCAUCUCGAUCUCAGCAAUGGUUCACCACCCUCGACCAACUAUGUCAAUGAUCUCGGUUCAGGCGUGCACGACCCUUCCGCCCCACCGUUUGGCGGCCUUGGUAUCGGGCUGGACGGACACGCUCCGCUCAACAUCCCACCAACGCAGUCUAUGGACGAGCCGCUCCACCAGCCCCGUCCACCUCCCAUGCUCUUCGAUCGAUCAGCAUUAGCACAUGCAAGCGUUUCAGCUCCUACGCCUUCAGAACGCAUCAGCUCUCGACAGGAACAUACACAUGAACGAGAGGUGGAGAAUGCCCGCGCCUCCCGAUCUUUGGCCAUUAUGCUCAUCCGCUCCUUGCGGCCGUCCUCCCCCUUGCCACCGACCGUUCAGCUACCUACGCUGUCCGAAAACUCGGAUUCCAUCUCACCCAGAUCUUUGUCCCCGCAGCCUCCUCAGUCCGAUCAAACGGAUGCGCACUCGACAAAUGCAGCUGCCACAAAUGCUUCCACCGCAACCGAUCCAGAUUCGCCAGCUAAUCAGAACCUCGCCCUGCCACGCAUGGCUCGUAGAACAGCAGCGCGUUCAAGAGCAGCUGCGUUAGCCUCUAGUGCUGUGUCGCAUGCCCGCACGCCUAGCAAUGCAACCGGCCUCGGCGAUCAGGCCAAGCAUCAGAUCGACCAGAUCAACCGUCUCGUUGACAUCCUCAAGCGUCACGCGCGCGUACGUUACGAGCUGCCUUUGGACGAUCUGGUCGAUGUGGCCAUGCCCAAGCUCUGCGAUGCAGCAGGCAAAGAGCUUCGCGCGGCUACUUACCGUCUGCUUCGCCACGCUCUCGUUCAGCCGCUGUGGCCACUAGUCUCACGCUGCCGAGAGAAAGGUCUCGACAUCUACCUCUCUCGUACUCUGAUCCGUGACCAUCGUUUUGAGCUCGAAAAGAUCCAGGCCAUCAAGCUCAUUCGAGCUAUCAUGGAGUUGGCCGCCUUGCGCUCGAUCAGCACCGCUCCUGAUCGCCUCUCCCUCGAAUUGGAAGAUCUCUUGGGUCCCGGCGUAAUUCGCGCUCUCGCAGCUGUAGCCGAGCAUUCCGAGGACAAGCUGCGUCAUAUUUGCCUCGAGACAUUGGCGGAAUUGGCCGUCUUUGAUGUUCGUCUGCUUGUCAAAGCGGGUGGCCUCCGAUCGACUCUACAGGCGCUCACCGAGGGCGCUUCGGAAUUCUCGCCUACCCUUAUCCAAGUUUUCGUCUACCUCAUCGACAUGCCCGGCACCCGUCAGCAUUUGCGCCCCGCUGUCGAUCUCGAGAUUGCCUUGUCUGGUUUCACAGAGGCUCCCGUGCAGAAGCCCAUCACUUACGACGCCCUGCUGCGAUCUACUUCCUCGGUUGUCACUGUCCUCCUUCGCUCAUGGGCCGGUCUCAUCUAUCUAUGCAUGGACGACAAGCGCGCCAUUAAGUCGCUCGUUCAGGCCUUGCGGGUCAACACGCUCGAAGUCAAGAGCGUCCUCCUCGAUAUGCUUUACGACCUCUUCAAUGUUCGUGGCGCAACGGGACGCACAGAUCCAGCUAGCAAGCGCGAGAGCAGCCAAAAGGCCUCGUCCGCCUUGCCCAAGCUGGAUCCUCUCGCUCCGCCAAAGGGCAUGGCAUCCUUGGUUGAGCUCGGCGAUCAGCCGCGCGGCAGACUCAAUCUCAUCGAUCAUUACCUGGCACUCCUUCUCGUAGUCUUCUUCAAGUCAGGUCUCGUGGAUGCUCUGAUUGAUGUGAUCGAGCACGCUCCUACCAUGGCUCGGAAGGCAACCAUGCUCAUGGGAGAGCUUCUUCAGGUCUCCAAACGUGUCCAUCCACCCUCCACUGGAGGCAGCAUCCAUUCGCUCCCGCGACUCUUCUCGCUCGCCGCCAACUUCAAGCUAGAGAGGAGCGACGAGAGACAAGCGGCUACGAGUGCAUUAGCAUCCAUCGACAGCGCCAAUCGCCAUCGCGCUGUUCAUGAUGUCUGCUCAAGUGCCGCCGAGAGUGCACGAAGCACCGUCCGCGAUCGCUCCAACUCGACCGAAGAUUCGAUGCGCAGGGGUCAGAGGCAGGUCGAAAAAACCAAAGUGCGCAUGGGCAUGCAGAUCGACGAAGUCCAGUUCCGCAACAUGAUGGUCGACACUCAGGUCCUCCUCACUAAGGACCACACCAAGUGGCACCUUGAAACCCUCACUGAGAUGCUCGAGGGCCCCUUGCUCAACCCGAAGCGACUCGACGACGUAGUCAGAGGCACCAAGCUGCUGAGGCGUGUUCUGGCUUUCUAUCACCCCUUUGCGCUACGGUUCUCCAGCGUACGCCGCUUGAACGCCAAUCGUCGCUUCGUCCGACUAGGGUGCCUGAUGCUCAGCACCCUCUCGUCGACCCCCGAAGGUGUGCGGGUCCUAAUGGAAGACCGACUGCUUCGCGAAAUUCGCGAAUGUCUCGAACAGCUAGAUCCGCUCUCGGGGCACUCGACGGCAGAUCCCCUGCUAUCGCGCAAGCGCAUGGACGAGACGCUCACUUCCGGCUACUUUGAGAUGAUCGGUGUCCUCACUCAAACAGCAGAAGGCAUUCAUCUGCUCGAGCGAUUCAAGAUCUUUACGUCGUUGUACCACCUGAGCGCGCUUCGAAGUCGGGACGACAUCGUCAAGGCCGUCAUCGAGAACGUCGACUACAGCAUCGACGGGCACUCGAGAAUCAUCCUCGCCAAGGCCCUCACUUCCAGCUAUCGCGACGUUCGACUCUUCGCGACGAAGCAUUUGGCCGAACUGAUUCGACAGUACACCUUGCCGGCGAACGCAAAGAACGGCUCAGACGUGCAAAGCGACUGGACCGUCAGCCUCUUGCUCACACAGCUCUACGAUCCUGCAGUUGACGUGCGGGAGCUGGCGACAAAGGUGGUUGAAGAGAUCUGCACGUCGAGUCACAUCCUCGAAAAAGUGGUCUCCAUGCGGCCGACGUUGGACCAUCUUGGCGAGCUAGGGCAUCCACUCUUGCUCAAGUUCCUAUCGACUUCGGUCGGGAUCCGAUAUCUAUGGCAGGGCGAGUACAUCGAUCGCGAAAUGGAAGACUGGUUCAACGAACGCAACCAGCGCUACGUGGUAGAGGUCGAAGUCAUGCUGGCCGACUUCUUCAGCAUCUAUCGCAAGUCGACCACCGACAGCGGCAAUGGUACCGCUGCAAGCGCUGCAAAUGGUACACCAGGAGCAGCAUCUACGUUCUCACCUCAGCAUCGCACCACUGCCGACCCAACGAAAGACGGCAUAGUACCGCCGCACUUCUACGGAGAACUAGCUAAGACACCCGAGGGCUGCCAUCUCCUGCAGCAGAAGGGCCACUUCGUCGAGUUUGCCCACUUCAUCCGACAACACGGCGCCGAAGCGUCAGACAGUGAGCUGAUCAACAAACUCAAGAGCGUUCUCUGGGCGGUCGGCAAUAUUGGCGCCAACGAGCUUGGACUGCCUUUUCUGGAAGCCGAAGAUGUGGUGAGCCAGAUCGUCGAGAUCGCCGAAACUUCGCCGGUCUUGUCGGUUCGCGGCACGUGCUUCUUCGUGCUUGGGCUCAUCGCAUCCACCCUCUCGGGCGCCGAGGCGCUUCAAGACUACGGAUGGCAGUCGGUGAGCACGCCGUUGGGAGCGCCGAUGGGGCUCUGCAUCCCAGACGAUGUCAAUCGGUUGGUCUCGAUCCCAGGAUGGGAGGUCAACAAGGUGACGGACCUGAGCUAUCUCGAGCUGGCCGAGCCCGAGACGCUGGUGGUCAACAAGAUCAUCACCUCGAUCGCCAACCUCGGCAACUCAAUCCUAGCCACCAACGCGUCGAGAUCGCUGAGCAAGCUCAAAGUCAAGCACAAGUCAGCGUUCAAGGAUCUGUCGGUGCUGGCCAGAGCGUUGGAGCUGAUGGAUCACUUCUACUAUCGCGUCUCGGUGAGGCGGUACAUCUGGGAGCUCUUCGACGUGAGUCUGGACGAGGACACGGUGCGGGAGAUUCGAGCAAGCAGGCAGAGGCUGAUCGAUACCAAACGCAGCCGACCUGCGGGACUCAAGCACGGCGGUCAUUCGCCUCGGCAGAGGGGCGAAUCGAUGGAGUCUUCUGCGGACGCACCUCAGAACGGCGUGCUACGACAUCCUGCGGGCGCAAGCAAGCAUCACGGCAACAAACUGUCGCAACCCGGUCUCCGUGCUCUGGCAGACGAAGAGUCGUCCCAAUCCGACUCAGACCGAGACUUGGCGAGGUCACUGCCGAGAAUAGCGACAGGAAGGAGCGGAAGCAUACCAACAAAACAUCAAGAGCACGGCGACAGCGACGAGGACGAAGAUGCGGACGAGGUGGGGCUAUCGAGCGAUCUUUCCUCGGACGACGAGGCGAGCGACACCUCACAGGACGAACCAAAGCAGAUGCUGCACCCGGAGCACGUGGGGAGCCGUGCCAUGAGCCGGCCUGCUACACACGGAGCAUCGAGGAGAGCAAGCUUGCGCUCGUCGACGCUCAAGGGACACUGGAACGGGAGACACGAGUCGAUGCAAGCAGAAAAGGUGGUGGCUGCUCCGGCCAAGAAGGUGGUUGGGUUUGGCGUCGAGGAGCUGUGA